AUGCGCAUUCUCGUCGGUCUCAUCGUCGCUGUCGCCGUUAACGCCAUCCCCAACUCUAAACCGUCUGGUUUCUAUUGCGGUUCUCUGGAUACCUCCCCAAAGGGUCGAACUGAUAUCGGGAUCAGCAUGUCAGACAGUCACGAGUUCGACAUUAAAGCCACGUCGAUUUCCUAUACUAGUGGUUCUGUGCGCAGUGGCAUCGAGCAUGGCGUGCCCUACUCGUACGAUGACUCGACAAAAUAUGUGACCGUCACGGAUACGAGCAAGCUGCAGGAUCUGAUCACCAAAAUAGAUGCUUCCCUGAAGGCCUCUGAUCUCGCUCGUCUACGUUAUGAUGGCACGAGAUUGUUUGUCGUUGCUCUCAAGAACUCCCCCCUGGAUCGAUGUUAG